AGGAGCGCGGCGAUUGGCGACGCACGGAUGGCAGGGACGUGCCCUGCUGGCUAUAUGAGCUCCGCGGAGGCGCCUCCUCGGCCUUUUUCCGCCUCGUUCUUCGCUCGCGCCGGGGGCUGCCGCCACUAGCGCUCUUCCACCCGGCCUGCCGCCGCCGCCCGCCCGCCGCCUCAGCCAUGAUCAUCUACCGCGACUGCAUCAGCCAAGAUGAGAUGUUCUCGGAUAUCUACAAAAUCACAGAAGUUGCCAAUGGCCUCUGCCUGGAAGUGGAAGGGAAGAUGGUCAGCAGGAAAGAGGGUGAAAUUGACGAAGCCCUGAUUGGGGGAAACGCAUCCGCCGAAGGCCCCGAAGGGGACUGCACAGAGGCCACCGUCAUCACCGGGGUCGACAUCGUCAUGAAUCACCACCUCCAGGAAACCACUUUCACCAAGGAGUCUUACAAAAAGUACAUCAAGGACUACAUGAAGUCAAUCAAAGCCAGACUUGAGGAAACCAAGCCAGAGAGAGUAAAGCCUUUUAUGACAGGGGCAGCUGAACAAGUAAAGCACAUUCUUGGAAACUUCAAAAAUUAUCAGUUUUUUGUAGGCGAGAAUAUGAAUCCAGACGGCAUGGUGGGGCUACUGGACUUCCGCGAAGAUGGCGUGACCCCCUAUAUGAUUUUCUUUAAGGAUGGAUUAGAGAUGGAAAAAUGCUAACAAGAAUUCAAAUUCAUCUC